AUGAAGGAGCACCGUAACUAUAUCUGUUCAAACGAUAAACAAACCUUUCUCCGAUUUAUCCAAUUAAAUGAGCUUGGAUCUGGUAGGAUGAUGUUGUUUGCCUUACGUCCAAUUAAGAAAGGCAUGCAAAUAUUUGAUAACUACGGUGCACAUCAUGCUCUUGAAGAUUGUCAAUCACGCCGGGCAUCCCUUAAAUCUCAAUAUAAAUUUAUUUGCACUUGUGAAGCUUGCAUCAAUAACUGGCCGACAUAUUUGAGCAUGGGACCAUCUACUUUUAUACCAGCAAGACAGGUCUUACCUCAAAAAGGACCUUGU